AUGACAUCGAUCAAGGAGAUAUACGCCGCCGCCCAAAAUCUACAUCAAAACGAAUUGCAGACAAGGCACACGUUCGUCUGGUUCGAUCCUGAUACCUCGACCGAGUCCCUCUUAUUCGCAUCCGAUGCGAAAGAUCAGAAAUCACGGCACGCACUUGAAGAAAUCAUCGAGAAACACUGUGUCGACCACCUGCUUACUGCCGAAGUAUCUUGCGACAAUACCGAGCAAAUAUUGCGUGACAUCCUUGAAGUCUGGGAGAAUACCGGAGAAGGUGUGGAUGAUGUCGACCGACGCAUGCUAGCUAUACUGGUUUCAAGAGAUAUCGAAAAUCCUUCUGGACACAAUGAGAAGCAAGAAGCGCGAUGGGGCACUGCCAUCAUCGACCACUUGAUCCAAACCAUGGAUCCUGCGACAUGGCUCUCCUUCAUGCAAUCACUGGAGACGAUCUUCGCCGACAUCAUUGCCGAUAACACCAACAAACACGAGCUACCAUCUCUACUGCAGCCCCAGAUUUUGACUUGGGUAUCACAAGUAUUAAAGUUCGGGCCCACCUUGACGAAGCUCGAAGAAGUAUCCGACAGUUCAUUCGCAGUACGUCAAAUGUUAUCGUAUGUUACCGAACCACAAAGGAAACGGAACCUGGCCAUGCUUUCACUUCUCCAAAAAGCGGAAGGGAAUUCAGCCGAGAGAAUUAUGCAAAACAUUCUCAUAUGGGUAUGCGGUCGAAUAUCAGAUAUGCGCGAGGUCAUUGAGUAUUUAUCCAAACUACUGGACGCACCAUAUGAGGCUAUAGAAGCUUGCAACGAGAUUUGGGACGCGAAAUGUGGUUUUCUGGACAUACCUGGUCUACCUACUCACGAGCAAGCUGAUCUUUCUCGGAUCGUCUCGAGGGAUGUUGUCUACUGCGACGGCGCGUCCAAACAGUACAAGGUCAUGACGCAACCAGACUCAUUGACGCCAAAGAAGAAGAAACCCCUCCAAACAAUUUCCAAGCGAAGAUACGACAUCCCAUUAGCUGUCGCUGAGGUCAUGGUUGCUGGUUGGAUCCAAGACGACGACGUAGCACUAGAGACGAAAACGGUUAUCGAACGCCUCGCUCAGCUACUCGACUUGAAAGUAUACAAGCAGAAUAUCCCUAAGAGCGAGCUCUCCAAAGCAACAGAAUUCUGGGAUGGCAUCGAAGCAGAGAUCAUGCGAGAAGCCGAACGCCUCGAAGGGCUAAAGCGAACACUGAAAGCGAAAGACCCCUUGCAGACAGCUUUACUGAUCGAGGAGUACAAUAUACCCGAUAGCAAUCUGCUGGAAGAUGAAAUACAAGAACUGCCUCCCGGCAUCAUCGAUCUAGUUGAGCUGAUCGAUGAUGACGAGAUUGAGAUGAGCUUCACACUCGCUUCCUACACCGAGCUACAACGAAGCGCAAUGGGCGUACCGAGCACAGCGAACAACCUUCUCAUACGGCUAACCAUCGAUCGGUACGCCCUCCCCCUCGACGUCCGCAUCCCCGAAAUCCGCACCGACAUCUUCGCCGUCGACAUGCUCCUCAGCUCCGUCUACAGCGCCGCCAUGGCCAACAAAAUCGAGCUCCUCCCUAACUGUCCCAUCCACCCCAUCAGCACCGUCAAAACCAUCCUCGAUAGUCUCCCCAAACUGUCCGUCAUCCGCGACGCAGUCCAAAUCUCCACCACCGCCUCCCAGGAAUCCUCGCCAAAGGUCUAA